GAAGUACCAUGCUGACCAGCAUUACUGACGGGAUCCUGUGCUGUCUGACGGGGAAGACUGCCAGUCUUGUCUUGCCUCUGGAGUUGUCCGAAGCCUCCGAUGGGUUUGAGUUUGUGGAGGUGAAACCCGGGAGGGUCUUGCGAGUGCGGCAUAUUGUUCCUGAGCAUCAGCCUCCCGACACAGAUGCAGGCCUGGUGAAGACGGAUGCUGGCUGUGAUGACGAGAACUCUGACAGUGACAGUGCUGGCACCAGCGUCCACUGCAAAAGGAAGAUCACAGUUUACCGCAACGGCCAGCUGGUGAUCGAGAACCUUGGCGACGUUUUGCACUCUGAAAUCUUGCAGUGCCAGGAUGGGGAUUUGGAGCCCUGUAGCACCGUGGAGGUGGAGCUGGCCGACUACAAAGAGCUGCCCUCGUCUCCAGACCCAAACCCUGCUCCACCUCCAGGCUUGUUAUCCUCUGAAGAGCAGAAACCUGCUCCACCCCCUCGCCGCCGCCGUCGCAAGCCUAAGCGCACAGUGCUCAUUGACUCGAAGCGGGUUAUCUCGAGCUGCAAAGGAACGCAUUCGGAUGUGGCCCUGUUCUUUAUUCAUGGCGUAGGAGGCUCUCUGGACAUUUGGAGCAGUCAGCUGGACUUCUUCUCCCGUCUGGGCUAUGAGGUCAUAGCGCCGGACUUGGCGGGACACGGAGCCAGCACUGCUCCGCAGAUCGCAGCAGCUUACACGUUCUAUGCUCUGGCAGAAGACCUGCGGGCCAUCUUUAAGAGAUACGCGCGGAAACGCAACAUUCUCAUUGGCCACUCGUACGGAGUGUCAUUUUGCACCUUCCUGGCCCAUGAAUAUCCUGAUCUAGUCCACAAGGUGGUGAUGAUCAAUGGAGGGGGUCCCACAGCUCUGGAGCCCAGCCUCUGCUCCAUCUUCCAGCUUCCAUCUUGUGUCCUCCACUGUCUGUCACCUUGUCUGGCCUGGAGCUUCCUGAAAGCUGGGUUUGCUCGUCAAGGUGCCAAAGAGAAGCAGCUGUUGAAGCAGGGUAACGCUUUCAACGUGUCUCCAUUUGUCCUGAGAGCCAUGAUGAGUGGUCAGUACUGGCCUGAGGGAGAUGAGGUCUACCAUGCUGAACUCACCGUGCCCAUCCUGUUGGUUCACGGCAUGUGUGACAAGUUUGUGCCGGUGGAGGAGGACCAGCGCAUGGCAGAGAUCCUCUUGUUUGCCUUUCUGAAGGUCAUUGAGGAAGGAAGUCACAUGGUCAUGAUGGAGUGUCCCGACACCGUCAACACCCUCCUCCACGAGUUCUUUCUCUGGGAACCAGACAUGUCGAGAAAAGACAGUCGCAGGGCAGACCCAGAUAAAGCUGCCUGUGACACAGUCGGCACACAGAAACUCAACAAGCCUCUGGACAAACACUAGAGCUGAAGAACCAAGCAGAGGGUUUGUUUCCUGCAGCUGGCACGUGUUUUUAAAGCUCCCAGGCUGAGAGAGAUUACAAGCAGGGCUGCAUCUUCAGGAUGUGCACGUCCACUGGCGCUUCGAGAUAAA